AUGCCACCUGUUUUGCCGUUGGAGAUAGUGAGAGAAAUAUUCGAUUACCUACCAAUCCCAACUGAAGAAUUGUUUGGGAAAGGUGAUGGAGGAGCAGAAAAAUGGGAGAACCUCAAAAAGACUGAACUUCAAGUAAAUCAUGGUGGUUCUUAUAAUGACCCUUUUGAUCAAUAUGAGUAUAAUGAACAUCAUAAAUUGAUUCAGAUCAGUCACAUGUCUUUGGAAUCCUUAUUUGAUUGUUAUAAUCGACCACCUUUCUUUCCUGAUGGCUUAGAAUUGAGAAUUGAUAAAGUGAACCUAGGGAGGCUUUUAGGACAAGGGUCCAUAGUACAAUCAUUUCGAAUCAUUCUUGAUGCUGUUAAUGCGCUGUUAGGUCUUGAACUUCUACAAAAGAUGGAAACCCCGAUCAAGCUUGGAUUUGUGAGUUCUGAUUCAUGUGAUCUGUGGAACCUUUUGAAGACCACCAAUUUUGACUCUUUAGAGCUUGGUCACUUGACAGACACUUCGGAAUUGAACAUGAUGCCGUUAAAAAGAUUGAAACUUUACCAGUACGACCCAAGUUGGUCAAUUGAUGGUGUUUUGAAAGCCAAUGUUGAAAGCCUCGCUUGGAAUAUUUACUGUAAAGACGAUUGGGAAUAUCCACUUCAUUUAGAUUUGAACUUCCCCAACCUCAAACAUUUACAAUUGUAUUUGUUCUGUCCAUAUGCGGACUCCUCGGUGGUAAUAAAGCUUCCUGAAGGGUUGAAAGAGUUCAAAAUCUUAGGUCAAAUGAAUCAUUGUUCUGUGAACUUACCUCGAAGCUUGAAGACUUUCCUGACGUUUGUGAAAUUAUCAGCAACUGUAGAAGAUUCUGCAGGUGUUCAACAACCUUUAACGUCAUAUUCUCAAUUACCAUCGUUGAAAUCACUUUCCUUCAAUUCCGGAACAAUUAGUAAAUCAGAUGGUUUUCCUACUUCUAUCGAACAAUUAGAGAUAAUAUGGGAAAUGGAACUUGAUGUUGACUUCCAGAAACUUCCAAACUUGAAGAAAAUCUCCAUCCAUGGUGUGGAUCCUCAGAAGAUGUUUUCCAGGUACGAAGUUGAAGAGUCUUCGUCCCCCAAUUCUUUAACUUUCAAAGCCUUUGGCAAGUUAUACUCCAUUCCGUUCCACGAAUCGUUAGAAACGAUCCAUAUCAUGGAUACGAACGACAUUGAAGUGAUAUCAUACCCGAAAUUGAAAUGUUUAGAGUUAUUAAACUGUGGGUCUGGACUCUUCAAGAAUAUCCCACCAGAUUUAAAAGGUUUGAUGGUUUAUUCCAGUAAAACACUUGACCAAGAGAAAAUUAUGUUGCCUCCGAAUCUAGAAGUGUUCCAACUUAUGUUCGAUGACAUUAAUAAGUAUGUGUUUGGCAAUGUCAAACAUUUUUUCUUGAGUGAUAGUCCGUUCGAAAAUUUCGUGCCACCAAAUGAUCUUUGUACCUUUGAGUUCACUGGUAGUGAAGAACAGACCCCUGAAUGUCUUGAUUUAUCUGAAACCAAGGUAUCAAAGUUUUCUUUUGAAGUAAGAGAAUUACAAGGCAUGAAGAAAAAAGUGGUUCUUCCUUCUACACUUCGCUUACUUGAACUCAGCAGUGAAGUGGAAAUGUCCUAUGAUAUGGAUUACACCCAUGUUGAUAAAGAUAUCUUACGUAGAGUAUGA